GGGCUGAGGCGGGGCCAAGAUGGCGGCGCCAAGAUGGCGGGCCAAGAUGGCGGCGCCAAGAUGGCGGCCUGGGCUCGGGGGGUGCGGGGGCUGCUGCUGGACAUCAGCGGGGUGCUCUACGACAGCGGCGGCGGCGGCGGCGGGGUGCCCAUCGCCGGCUCGGCGGAGGCGGUGCGGAAGAUCAAAGCAUCUGGUCUAAAGCUGCGGUUCUGCACUAACGAAACACAAGCGACCCGAGAGAAGUUUGUGAAGAAGCUCCAGGGACUGGGCUUUGACAUCUCCGUGGCUGAAGUCACUGCCCCAGCACCAGCAGCCUGCCGCCUCUUGAAGGAGCGUGGACUGAGGCCACACUUGCUCGUGCAUGAUGAUCUUGUCCCUGAAUUUGCUGAGAUUGAUAAAACAAACCCAAACUGCGUGGUUGUUGGGGAUGCAGCAGAAAACUUCUCCUAUGCAAACGUUAAUGAAGCUUUCCGAGUUCUGAUCGGAUUGGAGAAGCCUGUGUUGAUCUCCCUUGGAAGGGGACGCUACUAUAAAGAAACUGAUGGCCUGAAACUUGAUGUUGGAGCAUAUAUGAAGGCAUUAGAGUAUGCUUGUGAUGUUGAAGCUGAGGUAGUGGGAAAACCAGCAAAAGCAUUUUUCGAGUCAGCCCUAGCAGAAAUGGGAGUUCCGCCACAGCAGGCCAUCAUGAUCGGAGAUGAUAUUGUGAAUGAUGUCGGAGGUGCCCAGCAGUGCGGGAUGAGAGCUGUGCAAGUGCGGACAGGGAAGUACAGAUACAUAUUCAGCACUGAGAAGUCUGGAAUGUGAAACCUGUUUCUCCUCUCCCUGUCUUAAACAGAGCAGGCUUCUGCAGACUUGCUCACCUUGGCCUUUCAAACCUUUCUGUGUGCAGGUGUCUCCGUGAUCCUGUGCGUUCAUUGACCAAAGAGCUAUCAGCAGCUGCUCCUUGUAGCUCUUGAUAGCAGACCUGAGUGCAGUUAUAAACACGGCAUGCUCCAGGGGUGCCCAGUGGAAAAUGCAGCCACUAUCUGCUGCUCAGGCAAGAUAAGGCUUGAAGUCGGCUCAAGGUGACUCCAAAUGCAAUGCAGACAUCGGUCCUUCCGUUUAACGUUUGGGCUCCCUAACACUCAAGAUCUCCUUUUAACCGCACCUCUUUGCAGUAGGCGUGGUUCCCUAACAGCAUUUGUAAUCCGACAUCAUUUCUGUUUUUAGUUUUUCUUCAUUUUCAAAUGUUAAGACUGUAAAAGAACAAUUUGGGGGAGGGAUGCAGCAAGUGGGCAUGGUGCUUGCCAUAGGCUGUCUGAAAUGCUAUUUUGUUAGUUAUCAAGUUAUUUUCUCUCUCAAUUUUAGCUUAUAUAAGUUGAUAAAAUAAUUCUGAUGGACCAGUAAGUGAUGAUUUUGGGGAAAGAAAGUGUAUGGUUUGUGCUGUUGGGGUUAUUGAUCUGUGUAAUCCCACUGGCCGCCUAAAGGAGAGAAUCAGGAUUCAACACUUGUUUUUUCUCUGAUAUUGAUGGCGAUCACCAGCCAGCAUUCAGCGACUCCACAUCUUAGUGUCGCACAGAGACGAGUAUCAGAGAAGGAGCUAUCUCUGAAAAGAGAUGAAUUAGACUCUUGCUGCUCAACAAACAUCUCCUGUGACACACGUGGCCCACUGCGAAAAAUAAGCCACGGGCGAUGCUGCGCUGAAAGCU